UUGAAAAGCAAGUAGAUGGGAGCGCUAGAAUAUUAUUUUUUUUUAAUUUUUUUUUUUUUUUUUUGGUGGGGGUUUGUAAAAUUUAGAUAUUAUUGUUAAUAAUAAUAAUAUAACUUAUAAUAAUUUAAAGUUAAAUUUAUAAAUGAACAAAUAUAUAACGGAAAUUGUUGGUUAGAAGUAAAAACAAAAAUGGUUAAAGAAAUGGGAAAAGAGAAAAGCGUUUAAAGAAACAAAAAAAACAACCAUGAGCCCCGUUUUCACCGCAUUGAACUGGAUCCCCAUAAUUCCCAUGCAUGCAUCCAACCCCUCCACCAUCAACAACAUCAACUGCUCUCCUCCCCAGAAACUUUAAACACCUUCUUCUUCUUCUUCUUCUUCUUCUUUGAUCCAUCAUCUCCAAUAUCUCCAUCACCUUCUUCUUCUUCUUCUUUGAUUCGUCAUCUCCAAUAUCUCCAUCACCUUCUUCUUGUUCUUCUUCUUCUUAUCCAAUUCCAAUUCAAUCAUCUUCAACCCACUCUCUUUGCUAAUUAAUGGACAACCGCAUUGUGAGGCAAAGAGAUGCCAGAAUAUAUAUUGUCUCCAUCCUUUUCUUCCUCUGCAUAAUCUCUGGCGGCAUCUUCCUCGGCCUCUAUAUUUUCCUCCCCGAAUCACAGUCUGCAGAUUGGUAUCCCAUCGUAGGGAUGGUUCUGGUCGCCAUCCCAUGGUCCUUCUGGUUCCUCACCUGCAUCUACAGAUGCUUCAAGCCCAAACAACAACCCCCUCAUCAUCACCAAUUCAUAGAUACUGCCAACCGUCUUUCCAAAGCCUCCAGCAGUUCCCACACAGACACCACCACCACCACCACCACCCCCUCCACCAUACCACAUGUCAUCUUGCCAGAUUCCUCCACAAAAGCUGAAUCCCUGGCCCACUCUCCAGGGGGUGGCGAGCGGCGUGUUCAUUUUGGGGCAGUGAUUGUCAUGGAGAAAGCUCCUGAUCAUCAUGAAGAAGAUGACGUCGAGAAGGGACAGCCUCGACAUCGAGGUCGGGAUGAUGAAGCCAAUGCAUCGGAUAGUGAGAGCGAAAGCGAAAUGCCUUUAAGAUUAUCAGCUUAGAUGAUCUCAGUAAAUUGGUAUUAUAUUCUUCAGCAUAUGGUACAAUGUUGGUUCUAGGUAACUCAAUUUCCAAAUGAAGUGCACAGGGAAUUCUAGAACCAUAUAUUGAUCGUGCAUCCAUGCGUUAUAGAAGAUUUGCCAUGGAAAUUGGUGUAUGAGAUCAACCAUGAUUUUGGGGUAUAAAGUUUGCAUGCAUGCAGUUUGGCUUCCAUUAUUGGACUAUGUUGAAUGGCAAAUGAUUGUUUGCACAAAACGAAAAUUUUAUUUUAACCAAAAAAAAAAAAAAAAAAAAAAAGAUAGAAAUUAUUUUACU